CCCCCCCCCCCUCACAAUAGCCUCUUCUCCUUCCUCCUCUCUCACUAAAAGAAACGAUUUGCCAUGGAUCCUGGAGAUCCCACUUCCAUACUCUUCACAAAGAUCCGAACUUUAGAACCAGACUUCGCUUCCAAAAUCAUUGGGUACUUGCUCUUACAGGACUUGAGUAAAAGAGACUUGAUGCGUCUCGCUCUUGGACCAGACACUCUCUUACACUCCGUUUGUCUCAAGGCUAAAUCCGCUUUGGGUCUCUCCAACGGAUCUUCUUCUUCCUCUGCGUCGACGUCGACGCCGCUGAACCCUAUCUCGAGACCCAUUAACAUCCACCGGACUCAUUCUCCGAGGAAUGGGUUCAUGGGGAGCCCUAACGUCGUGGGUUCGAGUCCGUUCCAAGCAAGUUCCUCUCUUUUCGCUUCAGAUGGUGACGAUUUACUCGAUGAGGGGCAACUCGGUAACUACUUGUCCUUCCUCAACAACAACAACAGCAACAACGACGAAAACAACACGGAUCUGUUUGGCUUCUCUGGAGACAAUGGAGAUGCCCAUUUGCACAAGAGGAGUUUCUCAGCGAGUGAUGUUUGUUUAGGUUCAGAGGAGGCUGGAUAUGGCGGUGGUGGUUACAGUAUGUUUCCUCAUGGUGGUGGUAGUGGUUUAGGGGAUGAUUUUGAUUCUUCUGGUGGGUUUGUCGGCUCUCCGGAUUACAGACAGCAAGAGGAGAUAGCGAGGAUGAAACUGGCGCAACGGCAGCGAAUGGCCGCUGCUCAGUUCUUGGCGGCUAGUGGUGGCUCUCCAAUGUCUUAUGAUAAAGGCAUUAAUUUUCUCUUGGGUUCGCGUAAUGCUCAUAGAUCAGGAGGAGCAGGACAGUUUGGGGAUGAGGGUUACUGGUUUGGUAGUCCUGGGAGACAUGAAAGGGAUGAGUUCUUGGGGAUGGAUAAAUCUAACUCUGCAUCUAAGCAAAUUUACUUGACAUUUCCAGCUGAUAGCUCCUUCACAGAUGAAGAUGUCUCCACUUACUUCGGCAAUUUUGGACCAGUGCAAGAUGUUAGGAUUCCAUACCAGCAGAAACGGAUGUUUGGUUUUGUCACUUUUGUCCACUCUGAAACUGUGAGAAUCAUAUUGGCCAGAGGAAACCCUCAUUUCAUCUGCGACUCACGUGUCCUUGUUAAACCCUACAAGGAGAAAGGAAGAAUCCUUGAAAAUAAGAGGCAGCAGCAACAACUUCUGCAACAGAUGGAGAGAGGGAACUUCUCUCCUGGUUCGAGUCCAUCUGGAAUGGAUGCAAGGGAUCUCUUUGAUUCCCACUUCGGACCGAGGAUGUUUCCUAGCACGCAGGAGAUGAUGAUGAGGAGAAAAGCUGACUUACAACAAGCAUUAGAAUUCCAAAGGAGAAGAAUUCUCAAUCUGCAGUUGCCUGACUUGGAUAGUGAGUCCUUCCACCAUCACCAGCGCAGUCUUUCUAUUGGCUCCCCUGUUCAUUAUCCCUCUCGUGUCAAUCAAAGCAUGCUCUUUAGAUCAGAAAACGCCGGUGAAGAAGUUGUAGAAGGUAAUGGUGAUUCAGGUCAUUUUCAGUCUGAUAAUACCAACAGCCAAGAAGGUGGUUACGGUGACCAUUUCAACAAAGGGCAAGAGACAAGUCUGGAGAACGCUUUGCCUGAUUGCUUCUUUGCUUCUCCAUCAAAGACCGGCGAAACUCAAGAACAGUCAGAGUCUGAGAAAGAGAACUGUGCUACGUGAAUGCGUGAAAGAAAAGUAGAGACUGAUAAAAAGCAGAGGAAGUAGAAGAAGAAACUUUGUCUAUAUGUAGAAGAAGAAGCUAAAGUGGGGGUGUUUUAUAACAUGGGAACAGAAAGAAGAGUUAGAGCGAAGACCAGUUAGGAUUUUUUUUACAUAUCUCUAUUAAAAAAGGCGGUUAUGGAAUAUGCCCAAUAUGCAAUAGAAUUACAACUAAGUACUAACCUCAGACAGCAUCGAUAGGCAGAACAAUACAAUUUCACUCAAACCUUAUGUUUUAAGUUUUUUUUCGUCUGUUCAUUGAUGAUGAUGAUGAUGAUUGUUUACCUUUUUUA